UUGGAUGCUGCCAUUGACAAGUUCAUUUCGGAGAACUUCGACUGUUCUCGCGAGGACGCCAUAAGCAAACUCAUCUCGAAGCGCGGCAAGAGCCCCUCCAUCCUCACUCUCAUCGGCAAAAAGGUUCUCCCCGACCGCCACUCGCGCUCGGUCUACAGCUACUACCGGAGGCACCUGCUCUCCCACAAGGCCGGCAAGUGGAGCGACUACGAGCUCCUCAUCCUCCUCAAGUCGUUCUUCCUCUCGGGCUCCUACGAGGGCAACAGCUGGAAGGCCGUCUCCCGGGUCCUCAACCGCUCUCCGGAGCAGGUGCACGACAAGUUCCGCGAGAUUAAGCCCUUCAUUCACAACUACCGCGCCCUCGUCACUGACCCGAACCUCUCUGACUCCGACAAGGUCUCCAAGAUCGCCACCAUUAAUCGCAGCCCUCCCGGCGUCGAGGACGACGACGCUGAGGGCGUCAGCCGCGUCUCCGACAUCAGCGAGCACCAGCAGGAAAUCUACGACUACAUUCGCUCGCUCAUGCUCAACACGCGCCGCCUGGCUUCCCUUGAGAAGAUCCCCUGGUCCAAGGUCCAGGAGAAGUUUCCCGGCUACUCCACCUCGAAGCUCCGCAUUCACUUCAACAUGUCUCUGCUCCCCAAGGUUUACCGCAAGGUUUACCCUGAGUUCAGCGGGAAGCUCGUUUCUCGGCUCACCAUUCGCUGGAUUCGCAAGCUUCUCAAGCGCCCCAACUCUGAGAGGCUUCGUUCUCUCAAGGACAUCGACUUCAAGUCCAAGUUUCCCAUGCUCCCUGUGAUUUACACUACGCACUGCACUCGGAGGGCCCUUUCCAAGAUUAUUAGGAAGUACCAGGUUUACGCUGCUCGCUCUCAGCGUCUCUUCAUCGACUCCGAGCUCUCCGCUGCCGAAGUCGAGGAGCUGAAGAAGAUUAACCCUAAAAAUCUGGGUCGUAUUUUUUCCAACAAGUACAUCAGGAACAUCAUCAAGUUCGGCUACAGUGAGCUUGAGGUUAAGCACUGGAAGCUCCACGACAAGAACGUUCUUCGUUGCAUCAAGAACAACAUUCUGCCCGAGUGCACGCUAUAG